AUGGCACAGCGUAUUCUAGAACCGUUCAGAAAAUUGCCACACCAACUGCAAAAUCUUGAAAUCGUCAAGCGAAUACAUGAUUAUACACUGGGGAAACAUACUGAUGGAUACUGUUGUCACCAGUCAUCUGCUUAUGGAUGUCUGGAGUCUCCAAGCGCCCUAGCUUUCGACGAAGUUCUUGGCCUUUUGGCUGUAGGAACAAGUAAAGGGUUGUUAAAGAUCGUUGAAAAUGAUCUUAUUACGUGUUUAUGCCUCGGUCAUGGUGUCAUUUACAUCGGUUCUUCAAACGGUACACUGCGUCAAGUUGCGGUUAAAAAUGGUCGUAUGACAUUAGGAGAUGAUGCACUUACUGCGUGUACAAGUUCAAUUAUUAGCGAAAGUGUUCCUGCAGACAAGCGAGAUCAGCUAGGAGUAGACUCUCCAAUUAUAUCACUUGAAUUGCAACCUCAAGGAAAUCAUCUGUUAAUUGCAUACGCAGGCGGCUGUGUGGCUGUGGCUAUCCCUCAGCCUGUCCCAUCCGAAAGUUUUACACAACCCGCUGCUUCAGUGGAUAGUGUCACUGCCCCUACAGCUCAAGGGGAGGUUGUUACUCCAAUUGUUGUAGAUGAACUGGCCCCAACUAUUCCUGACGAAACUCAGGGGGAUACUGCACUAGGUGAUAAAGGUGAAGCAAAUGGAGAGAAGUCCCACCCAGUCUUGAAUGAGAGUGCUGCUGAAUCAACUCCCAGUACUCCUGCUAAGGGACAUUCGGAGAAACGAUCAACUCUAAAGUUUAAGGCGUUGACGCGUAGUUUAAGGCCUGAUACACCUAAAACAGAGAAAGAAGUUGAACCACCAUUAUCUGUACCUCCGGCUCCUCGAAUCAGUCAUUUACUGCUUCGCGACCAGCCAGUUGAAUGGGCUUCAUGGCGUGUUACAUCCGUAGAUUCUUUAUCCACUGAGGUUGUAGUUGCUUAUGGAGAUGGUGCAUUUCAGGUUUGGCCUAUUGUUGCAGCUGUUAGUGAUCAACCGUUUGAACCAAUCAUUGUGUCAAUGAUAGAUCCACCAAAUACUCCAUAUGGUCCUCUGCCUUGUGGUGCAAUUAAUAAAAUAGUGAUCAGUCCAUCCACAAAUGGCGGUUUACUAACAGUGUUCUGUGGAGGUUUACCACGUCCCCAAUUUGAGAAUCGAUAUGCGGUGUCUGUCUUACAGGAUCAUGAGCAUCAUGUUUGUUAUCAGUUCGGAUCAAAGGUUAUUGAUUUUGUGCUUAUACCGAGUGAAGGAAGUGUAUCCAUUGAAGCGGUCUCAGGUGAUGUUGUGACUAAACCUUGUCCACCUAGUCAUUGUGCUACAUUAUUAGUGCUAACUGAACGUGAACUUGUUGCAAUUGAUUUAACUCAACCUGAUUGGCCUGUCUACGAUUCACCAUAUUUAAAUUGUAUGGAUUUCUCUCCAGUUACAGCAAUAACUCAUAUUGGACAGGUUCCAUCUGCUCUAAUCCAACGGUUACAUCAAGCUGCUCAAACAACUUCCGAUGAGAUCACUAAUUGUUCAUGGCCAAUAUGGGGUGGCUCUCAAAAUGGUAACAAAAAGAAUUUAACACAAAAUGCUGGAAAUGAUGUAAUUGUUCUUGGGCAUUCAAAUGGAUGGGUUACUUUAUGGGCAAUUGGUCGAGGAGAUACUUCGAUUCAUUUAGGAACUUUGCCAACAUCAUCUUUGUUCAAUUUGACAGAUUUGCAAAAUGGUCAAAAGUGCAACAGUUCAGUAUUAGAGGAAGAAACGUGGCCACCUUUCCGGCCAGUUGGGUACUGUUCUCGAGCACAACGUCAAUCCGUUGAGAAUUGUGACCCACGUCUGGCUAUUACACAGCUACUUGUAUUACUGGGAAGUCCAAUUCGGUCAGGUGUUAGCGAUUCAAUUGUACCGGAUACAUUGACACUCGUCGUGGGUGGUGCUAGUGGUCAAGUGAGCCUAUGGGCUGCUGGUUCCGAAGGAUUUUUGCAUACACCGGAACUUAGUUCUUUCGAGCCUGAUGUAUUCAGAGUAUGUGUCAACCUUAUCGAUCAGUCGGUUGAGAAUAGGUACAUUUGGAAAGAUGCGUUAUCUCUUCAACCUACUGAAGGUGUCGCUCAGUAUUGCACACCUACUGGACUAACAUUUCAUCCUUGUCAACUUAUUCAACUCAAUCCUCCUAGUCAGAUUACAUCGCUUGCAUUGGAAUUAUCUUGGAAUCUACUGGCUAUUGGUUCUUCACAUGGUUUUGCUUUGUUAGACUUAUUCAACCGUUCUAUAAUUCAUACUCAUUUUACUUACGAUUCAUCAGGUCCUGCAAAGAUUGUUAAUCCUGUAGCAACUGUACAAAAUGUGAUAAUGGCUCGUGGAAAACAGCUUACAUCAACAAUGAGACAAUCAUUUAGACGUCUAAAACAUCUUCAUACUUCAACAGCCAGCUCUGAGAAAAGUUCCAAAGAACCAGCUGCAUCAGAUGAUGACCAACAAACAGCAUCGAAACAAACUGAAAAUAAUGUUGAUACUGCUUCACUUAAAGAUGAAACCAAAGAAAAAGAUCAGCCUAUUGAAUCAACUGAAAAGAAAGAAAUACAAGAAAAUGUUGAUGUUGUAGAAGUAACAGAUCAACCAACAACAUCUGCAGAAUCUGAAGAACAGAAGCAACAAUUAGUGACGGACAAUGCUGAAGUUGAUGUCCCCCCUGAGCCUAUUCAAUUGAGCCAAGAGGAUAUUGCUUCAUCAGCUGUUCGUUGUCUCCUAUUUUCUGAAACAUAUAUUCAAACAGGAGACCGUACUCCUUCUGUUUGGAUUGGUACUAGUUCGGGUAAAGCGUUGGCUUUUAAUUUAUCAUGGAAAAGUACCGCUGGACCCGUUACGGCAACAUUAUGCAAAGAAUUACAAUUACACCAUCACUCUCCAAUUGUAUCUUUGGAUAUUAUAGAUGCAGUUAAUCAUGGACCAAUUAUGCAUAACCAAGCUUACCGGAAUUCCUGCGUUGAAUCCGAUGAAGGCGAUGAAAAACAAGAAUCUACUCAACCAUCGUCGGAGACUACUGCUGAAGUUCCGGCGGAAAGUGUUAAAGACACUGAAACACCUUUACAAUCAGCAUCAUCAUCUACACAGGAUGUACAUCAAUUACUUUUGUGUUCUGAAGAACAAGUUAAGUUAUUCAGUCUACCUUCGCUUCGUCCAAUUUAUAAACAUAAAUUCAUUGAUCGUCUUCGCAUGCUUGGUAUGUCGAUGACUUCCGGUGCAGGUUCAUCUUCUAAACCAGAGAAAGAUGGGGACAAAGAAGCAGUAGAUAUAGUUGUUGGUGAGAAUGAGGUGGCGUAUGUGAAUGCAAGUCAGAUUAAUCGCAAACGUGUGACAGGGUUUGGCCUGCAGAAUUUUACAUCUGGAUCUGGUGAAAAUACCAAACUUGAAUGGAAUGCUGUUGCUACGCUGCUGGAUGGACAGAUUGCUGUAUUGUCCCUGCCUAACCUUCGUAAAGUAUUCAAGGAACGUUGUUUUCCUGGUUAUGUACCGUCAUCUACAUUACCGUGUGUUGCCACACGAACAUUUAACACACAUGUCUUCUGGUCCAUAGGCUGUCGUUUAUUAGUAUCUGAACUCAAUCCUAUGCCUUCGUUGAAUUCAUUUGCAACACCAGUGAAUAAUGUCAUGACAGAUGAUUUUAUUGCAAUUCGUUUACCUGAAUGGGCUAGAACUACUGCUACCACUGCUGCUACUACUACUAACACGAGUAAAGAUGUUCCAGGUGAAAUGGAACAUUUAAAUGUAUCCAACCAGACAACUACAGCGGAUGAAUCUAUCCAGAAUAUUGUGAAUACAGUCACUGAUGAAACAAUGAAUACUAAUUGUACACCUGUCAUAGAAGAUGAUAUUCUACCAACGAAUAAGAAGAUAAACGAUACAACGCUGGAAAUUCAUCAAGAUAUUGCUGAUGUUACAUUGGAUUCAAUCAAGGAAUAUUUGAAUGGUACUACUGAUGUAGAAAUGGUUGUAAAAACCACUGAACAAUCUACGGAGAAGCGUACACUUGUAGAAGGUGGAAAAAUUACAACCACUAUACAUGAAGUAGAGAAGAUUGAUGGCAAAGUUACAAAAGACGAUGUUGUCAAAUUUGUCGCUGAAGGUGAACCGGAGGCAGUGAGUAUUACAGGUCAGUUACACACAAUCGAUUAA